CCAAAAACACAGGGUCCUCGGCGGAAGGACCUCACAGAGAAGUAAACAAAAAAGAUGUUGCGCUAACUAACCUACAAUCAUCGAUUUUAGAUUAAUUAACGUUGUUUUAUGGUGUAAUUGAUCGCGACGCGAUGGCAGAGGAUAACGAGCUGGAAAAGCGUGCAAUAGAGGAGCUCCUCAGGGAGACUGACAGAGCUCGGUUGAGAGCAGAGACCAUGGGCCCUGUAGGAUGGUUAAAGUGUCCCCUACGGAGCACCAACAAGCGCUUCCUCCUCAACACCCUGCGCUCCACCGGCCUGCAGCGGCGCACCGGUGAGCACAGAGACGUACACUCCGCCACAAGAGGGCGCCUGGGGAGCGAGACCCCGGGCAGAAGCCGCGACCGCAGCAGAUCGCCUACCAGAGAUCGUAGGAGCAACGGAGGCCACACGGAACAUACAAAUGAUCACAGGGACAGCCGGAAUAAUAAAGACAAGAAAGAGGACAAAGACAAAGAGAGGAGUUACAGACACAAAGACAACGGAGACAGGGGGAAGAUGGACGGAGCACACACAGACUUCAUGAAUUAAGCACUUCUGUUUUGGGGAGGAGCACUGCUUUUCCUGAGGCCAAUCCCUUUCCAGGGAGCACAGAGGUGGGCACUCCGGAAACUGUUCUCUGACCAGCCAGCACAUCUCACAGAGCUGCUUGAGUCCUUUUUCACCAGGCAUGUUAGAAGGAUCCAGAAAAGACACUGAUUUAACCUUUUUGUUCCAGCUAAUAAAAAAUACUACACUUUCGCUCCCUACAGAAAUAAGGUUAACAUUGUCUUCCAUGUUAGUUAAUUAACUGUUAACUUUUUGGAUUACAAAAAUAUUAUAGGUUUAGUUGAUUCCCUUAAAUUGCUCACACAUCCAGUGGUUAGGAUAAAAUCGUUUUAAUGUUCUUUUUUUUCCACAGAUAUUGGAGUGAAUAAAGUAGCUCAGGAAAUAAGGAGAACUUUUGACAAUUUUUUUUCCAUGUCCUCCCCUCUCACAUGAUAUAUGGCUUAGUUAAUUCUGUUUCACCUACAGAAGAGGAGGUUUGAUUUAAAUUAUAAUUUCAUUACUAUUCUUCUGCCAUUAUUCACUGGUUAUAAUUU